AAAUAUUUGAGGAUAGCUAAUAUCACUUCAAUGGACGACCUAAAAAUCCUGAGUGUUACGCUUUCGUCGGAAGUCACCUUUCAUUUUUUCGGAAAUUCACAAGAUGGAGAUAAAAUUCGAGAAGCACUUAAUCGUCUUGUUCAACGUCGGCGGCUAAACGAGAUCACCCUCGAAUCCACACAUUUCACCUUCCAACAAAAGCCGUCGCUCAGGCUCCAGACCUUACGUCUCAACCAAGUGAAUGAACAUGUGGUGCGAUUGGGUGACCAAUUCAUGUUAACAUGUGUUGCUCAAGGAAGCUAUAAUAUCAACUUUACGUGGUACAAGGACAAUAUGUUAAUCAACAUGAGUAAAGCUACUAGGGAAAUUUGGUAUAGACAUUUACCAAAUGACGGAUCAGAUAUGCACACUUCUCUAUUAACAAUAGAAAAGGCGACACUUCUUGAUGCAGGACAAUAUACUUGCCAGGUUGUAGAUUGGGAAAUGCAACAAUGUAAAAGUAUUUAUAUUGAUGUGAAAGGUGAAUCUGAUGUCAAAGUGGUACCCAUGAGUGCAACAUUGGAAAAGGGAGGGAACAUUGAACUGAUGUGCAUUACGCCUAACAUGAGGAGCAUGGAUAUCGGAUUUGGUUGGACAAAAAACCGUGCUCUUCUCAAACUCGAACUAGGAAGUGAAGUUUGGGAAGAUCUGUACCCAGCUGGUAGCAUCCUUAAAAUUACAAAUGCUCAGAAAUCUGCUAUAUAUACCUGUAAUAUGGCGCUUAGAUCAAUGUCAGUUCGAGUGGAGGUUGUAAACCGAACUUUGAUUCCACUCUGUCCAAAGGACAAAUCGUGGGGGUUGGAGUGGCCGGAAACUGGGCCUGGUACAGAAGCACUUUUGGAAUGUCCUCGUCAUUUUAUCGGCCGACAUGCUUCCAGACCUUGCUCAAUGAAAGAUGCCACGUCAGCAAAGUGGGAGAGUCCUGACUUUUCAGAUUGUUUAUAUGAACCAUUAAUAUUUCCUUAUGACAAGUUCCGCAGUCUCACUCUUGGUUAUCAGAACACAAGUGGUUCAGAGACUGCAAUUGAAUUAUGGGAACUUUUGCGAAACCGAACGUCUUCUUUCUAUCCUGGAGAAGGCGAUCGCAUUUUAAAUAUUCUUGCCGAGAUAGAAUUGUAUCAGUAUAACAUUGACGAAACGAGGGACUUAGGAAACUCAGCCGAAGAGUCGAUUAGAAUAUUAAAUCGAAUUUUAGAAGAAGAUCGAGCGAUAUACAAUCAACAGAAAUCACAUCUUUUGAAGCAACUGGCGCAAAGAUCAUUAUCUCAUUGGACUCAACAGUCCGUAGAUGCACAUAAACACUUGAGUAUGUCCUCUCUGAUUUUGGACAUGCAAACCUUGCAAGUGCGAAAUAAUUAUGGAAUAAUGCAAGUUCCUUCUGACAAUUAUGUAUAUCCACACUGGUACCAUGACAAAAUUACGAUUCGCUCGCAACGAAAACAGUCAGUAUCCAAUUCCAAUUUUUCAAUCACUGGCAGCGUUAUCGUUUUUAGAAACUUGGCCCGUCUCAUGCCUACAAUAUAUAAAAAAGAACUCGAAGAUGGCAGCGAAUUGAAGUAUAGAAUCGAUUCUCGAGUUGUCCUGGUAGCAGCGUCUAACCAUUUCCCUAAAGAAAAAGAUGAUAUUUGGGUGGAUUUACGAAUACGCCACUCAAAUAAUCAGUCAGCAGUUUGGAAUAUUUCCUGUGGUGUUUUAGAUAAUUUAGGGUCAUGGGAUUUAAACGCCUGCACUGCUACCCCCUUUCUCCAGGAAAGGACGGUACAGUGCAUUUGUCCAAGUACAGGGACAUUUGCAGCAUUUCUUACAUCUCGGACUGUUAAAGUUGUUCUAACGAAAAGCGAACGAACGCCCUUCAUUGUUAUAUUUGGUUGUGGUAGUUGUCUACUUCAAUGUUUAUUAUCGUCGUUAAUCAUAGGUCUGUUUUGGUGGAAUAAUCGAACGUGGAUAAACUUUCUUAAGUUGCAAUGCUGUGGUGCAAUUAUUGCAGCAAUGGGAAUGUUUAUUUAUGCAGCGUACAAUAACCUUCCCGAGAGUUCUUGGACUAUCGUGGCAGUAAGCUUGGAAACAUUUCUGCUUGUUGCUAUGACAGCACCAAUAUCUCAGGUACUAAUUAUAUACGCGGAGCUUACAAAUAUCCGUCCUGGCCACCACCUGCAGCCGACAGUAAUUGCCGUAAUUACUGGUGUUCCAAUUUUGUCAGUUUUGGCAACCGAAUUAAUCCACAAAAGCGCAGGUUGGCGCCACGAAUCAUGGUGGUUAAUUUUCGGCAGUGGAGUAUAUAAUAUAUUCAUAACUUGUACAGCCAUGAUGCUUUUAAUUUUCGGUUUGUUAUAUGGAGGGGUACUUCUCAGAAGUCGAGCCCUCGUUAAAGGAAGAUUUGUAAAAAAAAAAUCCAUUGAAGCCAGACUCCAUAUGGUUCAUCGAACGACGGUUAUAAUCUGUGGUAUUAUUGCCAUGGAGGCAUCUUCGGUGUUUUAUAUAAAUUCAACAUCGAUAAUCGUUCAUUACGUAUUCGCUCUAUCUUCAGCUUUACUAGGGUUCAUUAUCUUUAUGAUGUAUGUCAUAACCAGCGAGCUCAAGUGCUUGGUCUCCAGGUGCAAGUUGAGGCAUAAAGGAGGCAUAGAAGAAGAAUGCAUCUCAGAUCAAAUUAACGUGUGUUCGAAAAUAAGACCCGACGUUGAAAACGACAUGGCUCCAACCCAUAUCCUGACGAAAGCGUACAUGGAGUCUCGAGGAAUAGCAGCUGGAAGUAUCGACAUGCGAGAGUACAUGAAUGAAGAAAUCAUCUCGUAUCCAAAGUCUGCCGUCCCUGUAAAAAGCAGAUUUUUACCUGAAGUUCGGGUUGAUCACUCAGACAAUAUAAACCUAGAAACCUACAGUACAAGUCCUCGAAAAUAUCAGGAAACGAAAUUCGACUCAUCUAUUUCGAGUCGAAAUUCCAUAACUCCUUAUAUUCCCGAGACUUAUUCAGUCAUUGAGAGUAAAAACUUCAGGGACUUUGGAAAAUUCGGAGUUCCUCAUGAGCUGACUUCCCAAGUUAGUUUGCCUCCUAGAUGUGUAACUCCUGACUGCACUACAGUGUUGUGUAAUGUCGAUGUCGAAUCCUGUACAGGGAUGAACUCUAUGCCAGACGUGACUUUGGCUGUAAAUAGUGAAGUUGAACUGUUAAACAGCGUUAAUAGUACAGAUAUUGUAAAUAAUAAAAAAGAACAUGUUAGCGUUAUUCCUGAUAUAGCGAACACCAUGGAGCGUAAGCAGCCAGAUGGCGAGGAAAAAAUUGGAAAGCUUAAACUGGCAAAUUCUGAUGGUACCACUACUGGAAUGCUAGACCGCAUAUCGCAUGAUCUAGAUUACCUGCUCAAUCGUAAACAAGAAGAGACGUAGUCUGUCGGAUGAUUCGAUUCAUUCGAUCUUCCAUUUUCUUAUUGCAAAAUAUUUUUAUCAGUAAUAUAUCUAUUCUUAUGUAAACACGUUUACUCAUCCAUGUCAUUCCAAAUUUUUUAAUGCCUUCAUGCUAUCAAGAGUACUCCUCUAUUCACCUCUUCAUCCACAUAUAUUAUAUUAAUAUCAUCUAAUGAUCUCCUUCUAUGAAGUCGUAAAAUCCGAAUUUUAUACGCUUGAAGCUGUAAACAAUCUUUUCCUACAAUUAGAAUAAGAAAAAUUAAGAUAUAGAAUGACUUAAGACUGUUUAAAACAAUUUUUAUCUCUUAUUUUGAAUGGUGAAUGUGAAAAAUUUCUUAGAUAUGAUAAAUGCCUACGAAUAGUGUCAUCAAACAAAUUUGUUGUUGCCUGCCAAAUAAUUUAAGUGGGAAAUUAUAAUCUAAUUUUGUUGAUAAAUAAUGUGUAAUAAUUAAUUAAAAAGUGACAAAACAUCGACAGAGAAUUUCGAUUUUUUAACUAAAACUUGUCCACAUAGCCCAAAAACAUGUAAUGUGACGUCAUAUGGUUUUAAAGCCGAAGAAAAUAUGUGUUAGUUUGAUAAAAAGAAUAAUAGUAAUUAAUUAUCAACUUCUUUAGGCUAAAUAGAUUUAUUUGAUAGAAUAUCAGUGCGUCUGAAUACGUUAAAACUAGUUCGGAUAAAUUUACGGCAAGUAAACACAAUAAUGGUCAGUUUUUUCGUAAAGUGCACUUUCCACAUUGCUUUUAUUUUUCAUACAAAACAUAAAAUAAAUAUUUCAGUAGACGUUGUAUAUUCUAAUUUAAAAUUGAGAUCUUAUUUCUGAUUAAUUUCUUAAUGUACAUGACCAUAAAUUGAAAAAAAUCUCAUUUUAAUCCUUUUUACCCAAAAUCGCAAGUUGGGUUUCUAACUUCAACCAUAUAUGAACUUUUCCUGACUUCUUACAUAAUGCAACAAGUAUUAAAAUCGGGAAUUUGCACGUUUUGCAGUGACUGUUUUUCUAACUCACUAUAAUGCAGAAAACCUAAAUUUGACCUAUGUUUGGAAUUUUCACAUAAAUAAAUGUCAUUCACAGUAACAGUGAUACCGUGAUAUCCUAUUUCAUUUCAUUUAUCCUGGCGGACCGAAGGAACCGAAAGGAGCC